AUGGUUCUCUUUGAUUUUAAGUCCGACAAGCACUUCGUUGCUUCCUCGGACAGGACCACUCUCCAAGUCUACGAGUGGAUCAACCUUUCUGUUAAUCCUUCCUCCAUCAGGAAUACUCAUUGGGAGGAAGUCGCCACCAUCACUGCACGUGAUCGCGAUCAAAGCGACGACGACGACGAAGAAGAUGAAGGCGAUGACGACGACGGUGAAACUUACGAUGGGUUGAUGUUCUUCGAUGGUCACGGGAAGAUCGAGGGACGAGAGGGGUUGACCAAGCUAGCCCAACACCUCACCCGGCUGCAACUGAGGGUGAGCCCUCAAGGUUUCUGUUUCCAGGAUGUUACCACGCUGGGGGAACACAAAGCUUUCGGGCUUCACUAUCUCCGACUGAACGAUCUCUUCAACUGGUCGUCUCAUGGUAUCAGAACGCCGAGCGUCGCCACAUGGCGACGCCUGGUGUUGGAGUACACCGUACCAAAAAGGGAGAAGCGAACUACGCCAGCUGGCGGUGUGAGCAAGGAGAUGUACGAGGAGAUGAAAAAGGCGAUCGGAAAGAAGGACGAGGAGCUGGAGAAGCUGAGGGAGGAGGUGGAGAAGCUGAAGGGCGAGAAGGAAGAAAUGACGAAAGAGAAUGCAUCCGAAACGAAAAAGCUAAGGAACCAACUGUUACAACUUCCUCAGGAGAAGAAGCAAUCGUGGAUACUGACAGCUACAACUAAGUUAGUGUCCAUUUUCGAUCCGAAUGCCCUAAUAACGAGCAGAAGACGGGCGGUGCCAUGGGAUACUUGGAAUCUGUCCGACAGCUUCAAACGGGGCCGUUUCGUAUAUGAUCCACUCAAUAAAAUAGGGACCGACUCGAGGCCGUUCCCGCGAGCAGACAGAUUCUUUUUGGUGGACGAAGAUCCCAAAGAUUGGCCGCCUCCCCCCAAGAUUACGGUGUCGAGUCUGUGUGGCUCAUUCGACCAAGAGAACUGGUGGUUCGUGAAGAUCGCACACCCGAAUGGCGGCUUGACGAUGAUGGCUUAUUAUGACGGCAAUACAGUUUCUAACAACCGAGUUCCGUAUGCAUGGGAAACCAAGUAUUUUGUGGCAGAUACAGCUUGCACCCUGGUUUACGUCGUCAGCUUAUUUCUGGACGGAAAAGUAUACAUUGUGCCAACUAGUAGGAAGGAGAUGGGGUUGCUCCAAGGAUUCGCCACCUCCCUCCAAGGAUUAACAUUUAAUGUCCCGAACUUCACGAAAGAGCGCAUCGGAAAGAAGGACGAGGAGUUGGAGAAGCCGAGGGAGGAGGUGGAAAAGCUGAAGGGCGAGAAGUUAGAAAUGACGAAAAAGAAUGCAACCGAAACGAAAAAGCUAAGGGACCAACUGUCACAACUUCCUCAGGAGCCGGAGCAACGUCGUAAGCAAUCAUGGUUACUGACAGCUACAACUAAGUUAGUGCCCCUUCGCGACCCUACGCAGACUGCCCAAAUAAGAAGCAGAAGACGGCCGGUGCCACAAGAUACUUGGAGUACUCCGCGCUCCGAAUUUCAAUGGGGCAAUUUCUGGUAUGGGCGAAAAACCGGGGCCAGCAACUGGCCGUUCACGUCAGUAAAUAGUAUCUCUCUGGUGGAUGAAGAUCCGAAAGAUUGGCUGCCUCCUCCCAAGAUCAAGGUGAACAUAUACAAUAGCCAAUUCGACAUAGACAACUGGUGGUUUGUUAAGACAACCCACCCAAACGGCGGCUUGACGAUGAUGGCUUAUUACGACGGCAACAAUGCCAUUUCUUCUGUCCGAAGCCUUCUUCUCGCCAUAAGAGUUGGUGUACCCACCACACCCAUGGCUGACCAUGGGAAGACCAGCACCAGUACCAAUACCACUGCGCCUCGGACGCUGUCGGAUCUCAUGGAGAACAACAACAGCAACAACUACCCAUUCUUGUGGGAUGGCUCUAGCCUGCCAGCAGAGCUUUUAGCAGGGAGAGAUUUCGCAAAGCAGCUCAAGCUCCAGCUCCUCGACCCCCCGCUUCCUUCUUGUUCAUCGUCGGAUUCGGCGAUAACAACGACGACGUCAUCGUCCGACCGUCGUUGUCAUCCUGAGCUGCAGCAGGACAACAACAAGAGUCAACAGCAGCAGUCAACCGGCAGGCAAGGGGUUGUCCAGGAGAUUUUGGAGUCUUUCGACAACGCGCUUUCCUUGCUCGGUCAUCAUGACAUUGACGACAACAGCCACUUGAACAAGUGGGGUAGUCCUCCUCCUCCAAGUGGGAAGGCCGCCGCCGGCGGUGGCGUUCCUCCUACCUUCAAGGUCCCUCCUGCUCCUGUGAAAAGGUCGCAUCUUGUGAGCUUGAAGUGUCUUGAUGCAAAGCAUUCCGAUUUGCUCUGGAUUCCGGAUCUAUCAAAGGCUCAGAAACUAGAAAGUUUGAACCUUGAAGGCUGUGCAAACUUGGUUGGGAUCUCAUCCAUUCAGUAUCUUACAAAGCUUCAGCAUCUCAACCUCAAGGGAUGCCAAAGUUUGAAAGGAGUUCCAAGUUUAAUCAGAUUGAAGUUGCUCAAGACAUUUGAUCUCUCUGAUUGCUCAAAUCUAACCAGGCUUCCUCCUUCGCUUGGAUGUCUACCAAAUCUCAGUGAAUUGAACCUCAAAAACUGUGCAAAACUUGCCAACCUCCCACGUAGUGUUAUCCACUUGAUGAAAUCUCUUGAAACUCUUAAUAUUUCUGGCUGCUCCAGUAUGUGGAAGUACAUUGGUGACGAUCAGGAUGGAGCAGUGCCCUCAUUAGCAAAGCCACAUUUGGGGUUUUCUGCCAUGCCUUCCACAGAAGCAAGACACCGGGAGAAUCUACCCAACAGCAACAGUGACAUUCCAGCUAAUAAAGAAUCUUCUCGUGAACAACAACUGCUCACAGCUGAGCAAGUGGAUGUUGUUGCUGAAGGUUCACUAUCACAAGAUCUAUCAUUAGAUCUGAAAGACAUACGAGGAAAGAAGGCUAUAGAACGGGAGGAAGAAGCAUUUCUAAGAACUCCUUUGAUCAGUUCUCUACUUUCAGAACUCAGGAGGGCACUAUUGUUCCCUCCUAAUGUUGGUUCUUCCCAUGCUUCCACAUCUUCUUCCCACGAUAUCAACAUCCAGACCAUAAACCACACACAGAACAACAAAUCAGAAGCGGAGCAAAGUGAGAUUGCAACUCUUUUGCAGAUGGAAGAUCAACAACAACAACUAUGCAAUGAUGAUGAUCAUGAUCAUGACGAUGCAAAGACUGAUGAAACGACGACACUUUCUGCAACAACCGAACCAAUUCUUUGCCAGGUGGAAGACUGCCAAAUCGAUCUUAGCGGGGCAGAGACUUAUCACCAACAACACAAGAUCUGUGAGAUUCAUUGCAUGGCUACUGCCGCAUUACUAGGCAAUAUCCUGCAGCGGUUUUGCCAGCAAUGUUGCAGGUUUCAUGUCCUCUGUGAUUUUGAUGAAGAGGAGAGAAACUGCAGAAGUCGAUUAGCAGGUUAUCAUCAAAAGCAAAGGAGGCAGCGUAAUGCUACUAUUGGUACCAAGGAAGAACAUUCAUCUCCUGAAACAGCAGCAGAUUUGGAUGCCGAGAUCAACAUUGCUGAAUCAGAAGAUGAAAAUGAAAAAUGCUUGCUUCACAAGAGAAUCAGAACAGUGGAUCCUCCAGAGCAGAAUCAGCCUACCCAAGCAGCAGUAGAGCAGCAGUCUUUCAACGAUUGGGAUGAAGCCAAUGCGAUUGGGGACAUUGAGGAUCGUGUUCUGGAAAUGAUUGAGCAGAUUUCGCGCUCGAAUUGCGCCGACGACGACGAAAAGGCGGCAGCAGCAGUGCCGGAGAGUGUGCUGGAUUUGCUAGCAGAGAUGGAACAAACCGUUCCUGAGACAGUGAGGAGCAUGAAGAGUGCCAAAGCAAAGGCAACAGCUAAUUCAGCGGAAUGGAAGGUGGCUGAUGCAAGGUUGGUCAUAGGAGAACUGGAGCUGAGAUUGCUGGACAUGGAAUUGACGAGGAUCUCCGAGGAGGAAGAGGAGAUUGAAGCUGAGCUUCAGCGAUUGAUGGAUCAGAAGAGAAAGCUGUCGCAGCAGCAGCAGCAGCAUUAG